AAAUUGAUAAAGCCCAGAAAAUAUGGUGAUGUACAUAUCUUAGAUGAUCCUUGAAGUAUUUUAGAAGUCCUUGUCCUUUAAAUGAGAUGAAAAGUUAUUUAUCCUGCUCCUAACCUCCCUUUUGGCAUAGUUUUAAAUAAUUGCAGGAUGACAGAAUGAAUUGAGACUGAGAGAGCCCUUUAUUUGUCAUGUUUUCCUAGGCCUCAUUGUAACCAUUCAACCCUUUGUACCAGAUGGCUCCGACGCAGGGCCAGCCGCCGCGGCUGUCGGCGGCGCUGCGCCAGUUCACCGAUGUCUGUCCGCGCCGCGCCGCUCCGCCGCCGGAGGGCGCCGCAGCCGCCGAGAGCGUCCUGGCCCGCCGGCUCCGCCAGAAAGCCGAACAGCAGAAACGAUGUGCCGGCGAGCAGUGGCACCGGCUGCAGCAGGCGGCCGGGCCCAACUGCCGCCGCCAGCUGAAGCAGCUGCAGCUGGCGGCGCUGGCGGCGCUGGGCGGGGACGCGCCGCCGCCGGCCGUCGAGGAGGCUGCCGUGACGGCGGUGCGGCUGCUGGCCGGCGCCGAGCGGCUGACGACGCCACUACGCCACCAACUGGAGGCCGCGCUGCCGGCCGUGACGGCCGCCGUCGGCCAGCAGCUGCUGCAGGCCGUCCAGGAUGCCGUCACCGAGAUGGAGCCGGCCGCGCUGACGGCCGCGCUCAGCCCGCCGCAGCCGGCCGACGACGGCCAGGAGGCGGAGUUCGGAGCCUCACUGCGGCUCGGCGGACUGGAGCCGUGUGAGUGGCAGGAGCCGACACUCUCCGACCUCGGCGGCCGGCCCAACGGCACCGCCGGCGCCGACAGCUCCUUCAACAUGCUGUACCGCAGCGACACCGCCCCGGAGAAGAAGUCGCUGCCGUACGGGCCCGACUGGCUGGCCGCAGAGCUGUCCCGCGCGGCCGGUCCUAGUGAUGCCCUCGACGACCUCAGUCUCGGUGUCUAUAACCUGCUCGAAUCGAACUCUGACAACGACGCACUCCAGAGCGAGUUGCUGGACCUGUUGGGUUUCGAGCGGAUCGAGCUGGUGUCGACGCUGCUCUCCCGCCGCUCUGAGGUGCUCGAGGCCCGAUCGGCGGGCGCCUCGCAGCGCAGCGUCUCGCCAAGAACGUUCCAGAAACUGUCGGCACUCGUCAAUGGCCAGAGGCCGGCCAAUCUGCCCGGUCAGUCCAUCACCGUCCAGUCACAGCGCGAGGUGGAGGCCAGGAAGGCACUCCGACGUGAGGAGAAACGGAUGCAGAGGGAGCGGGGUCGACAAACGGCCACCGGACAGGACUCCGAGGCGCCUGUCAUACAGCCGGAGCUGGCGCGGGCUCAACGUGAGAUGGAGCUGCUGCAGGCCAUGAGCGCGCCGCUGUUCCCCGACCGGCCGCGGGCGGCGCCGUGUCUCGCCGAGCGACUCCCGUACGUGUUCGACGCCUACAGCCAGGCGCGGCAGACGUCCGCGUUCGUGGCUGGGAACAAAAUCAGUCUGCCCGUAGGAUGCGAGUGGAGCGAUCACAAGCUCUACCAGGCGGUCGAGAUUCCCGUGGCCGAACAGGCGCCCACCGGCGUCGGCGAUGAGCGGGUGCAGAUCAGCACGCUGGACCAGAUCGGUCAGAAGGCGUUCGGAGGCAUUAAGCAGCUGAAUAGAAUCCAGUCGGUCGUCUUCAAGACGGCGUACGAGACCAACGAGAACCUGCUCAUCUGCGCUCCGACCGGAGCCGGAAAAACCAACAUCGCCAUGCUGACGGUGGUGCACCAGAUACGACAGCACAUCGACAAGGGCGUCAUACAGAGGGACGCCUUCAAGAUAGUGUACGUGGCUCCGAUGAAGGCGCUGGCGGCGGAGAUGACAGCCGGGUUCGGCCGCCGGCUGGCGCCUCUCGGCAUCACUGUCAGAGAGUGUACCGGCGACAUGCAGCUCACCAAGCAGGAGAUCAUGCAGACCCAGAUGCUGGUCACCACGCCCGAGAAGUGGGAUGUGCUCACCAGGAAAAGCACAGGAGACGUGUCGCUGACGCAGCUGGUGAAGCUGCUGAUCAUUGACGAGGUACACCUGCUGCACGGAGACCGUGGUCCUGUGGUCGAAGCUCUCGUGGCCAGGACAUUACGACAGGUGGAGUCGUCGCAGAGCAUGAUCCGUAUCGUGGGUCUGUCGGCCACCCUGCCCAACUACAUAGACGUGGCAGAGUUUCUUCGGGUGAACCCCAGGAGGGGACUGUUCUUCUUCGACGGACGGUUCCGUCCGGUGCCGCUGGGCCAGUGCUUCAUCGGUGUGAAGGCGCUGAACGCCAUGCAGCAGAUGAACGACAUGGACACGGUCUGCUACGAGAAGGCCUUCGACAUGGUCAGCAAGGGCCACCAGGUGAUGGUGUUCGUUCACGCCCGUAACGCCACGGUACGGGUGGCCACCCGUCUGCGCGAGAUCGCCAAGCAGCGCGGCCAGCUGGGGCCGUUCAGAGCCGAACAGUCGCCGCAGCUCGGGGCCGAACAGAAGAACGUUCAGAAGAGCAAGAACCGCCAGCUGAGGGAGCUGUUCGAUGACGGGUUCGCCAUGCACCACGCCGGCAUGCUGCGUCAGGACAGGAACCUGGUGGAGCGGCUGUUCUCUCAGGGGAUGAUCCGCGUGCUCUGCUGUACGGCCACGCUGGCCUGGGGAGUCAACCUGCCCGCCCACGCCGUCAUCAUCAGGGGAACCGACAUCUACGACGCCAAGCACGGUUCGUUCGUCGACCUGGGAGUGCUGGACGUGAUGCAGAUUUUCGGCCGCGCCGGCCGGCCCCAGUUCGACCGUUCCGGCCACGGAACCAUCAUCACCACUCAGGACAAGCUGUCGCACUAUCUGUCACUGCUGACCAACCAGUACCCGAUCGAGAGCAGCUUCACCAACCUGCUGGCCGACAACCUCAACGCCGAGGUGGCGCUGGGCACGGUCACAAAUGUCGAGGAGGCCGUCCAGUGGCUCAGCUACACGUACCUGUACGUGCGCAUGCGUAAAAACCCUCAGGUGUACGGCAUCAAGCCCGACGAACUGCAGGACGACACCCAGCUGCUGAUCCGGCGACGUCAGCUGAUCGAGAGCGAAGCCGCUAAGCUGGACAAGGCGCUGAUGGUGCGCUACGACCCACGAACCACCUAUCUGGACGUCACAGACCUGGGCCGGAUCGCCAGCCACUACUACAUCAAGUACGACACGGUGAUGGUGAUCAACGAGCGGAUCCAGUCGUCCAUGUACCAGCGGGACAUCCUCGCCAUGAUAUCGCAGUCGUCCGAGUUCGAGCAGAUCAAGGUGCGUGACGACGAGCUGGACGAGCUGGACCGUCACAUCCACGAGGACUGCGAGGAGCCGGUACUCGGCGGCUCGGAGAACGUCCACGGCAAGGUCAACAUCCUCAUCCAGACGUUCAUCUCGCGCGGACGCAUCGACUCGUUCUCGCUCGUCUCCGACAUGAACUACAUCGUCCAGAACGCCAAGCGCAUUGUGCGCGCCGUGUUCGAGAUCUGUCUGCACAAGCACUGGCCGCUGGUGUCUGCGCACGUGCUGCAGCUCAGCCUGCAGCUGGAGCGCCAGCAGUGGGCCUCGGAGACGCCGCUGCGCCAGUGCGGCGGCGAGCUGAACGCCCUCAUACUGGAGAAGCUGGACCAGCGCAACCUGCGGCCAGACGACGUGCGCGAGAUGGACGUCAAGGAGCUGGGUUUUCUGAUCCGGGACCAGAAGAAGGCGCCUGCCAUCCGCCGCGCGGCCUCGGAGAUCCCUGCCGUGACCCUGGACGCCAGCGUGCAGCCCAUCACCCGGCGGGUGCUGCGAGUGAGGCUGACCAUCACACCGGACUUCAGAUGGAGUGACCGAGUGCACGGCAAGACGUCCGAGACGUUCAUCGUGUGGGUGGAGGACCCCGACAGCAAUUACAUGUACCACCACGAGUACUUCAUCCUGCAGAAGAAACAGGUGCUCCGCGAGGAGCCACAGUCACUCGUGUUCACGAUCCCGAUCUUCGAGCCGCUGCCGGCGCAGUACUACAUCCGCGUGCUGAGCGAGCGCUGGCUGGGCUCUGAGGCGGUGCACCCGCUGUCGUUCAAGCACCUGAUCCUGCCCGACCGUCACCCGCCGCACACAGACCUGCUGAACCUGCGGCCGCUGCCGGUCUCGGCUCUGCAGAACAUCCACUACGAGAGUCUCUACGGCUUCACCCACUUCAACCCGAUCCAGACGCAGCUGUUCCACGCGCUGUACCACUCGGACUGCAACCUGCUGCUGGGGGCGCCCACCGGAUCCGGCAAGACCAUUGUCGCAGAGAUCGCCAUGUUCAGGGUGUUCACUCAGAUGCCCAAACGAAAGGUGGUGUACAUCGCGCCGAUGAAGGCACUCGUUCGGGAGCGGAUGAACGACUGGCGCGAGCGGCUGCAGAGGAAGCUCGGCCUUCGUCUCGUGGAGCUGACCGGCGACGUAACGCCCGACGUGCGGGCCAUCCAGUCGGCGGACGUGAUCGUCACGACGCCCGAGAAGUGGGACGGUGUCAGCCGCAGCUGGCAGACGCGCAACUACGUUCAGGACGUGGCGCUCAUCAUCAUCGACGAGAUUCAUAUGCUCGGCGAGGACCGCGGCCCGGUGCUGGAGGUGAUUGUCUCUCGGACCAACUUCAUCUCGUCCCACACCCAGCGCCAGCUGAGGAUCAUCGGACUGAGCACGGCCAUGGCCAACGCCGCAGACCUCGCCUCCUGGCUCAACAUCAAGGGCGUCGGCCUGUACAACUUCCGGCCGACGGUACGGCCGGUACCGCUCGAGAUCCACAUCCAUGGAUUCCCGGGCAAACACUACUGCCCGCGGAUGGCCACCAUGAACCGGCCCACCUUCAAAGCGAUCCAGACGCACUCGCCGGAGAAGCCGAGUCUGGUGUUCGUCUCGUCCCGGCGUCAGACGCGGCUGACUGCCCUGGACCUGAUCGCCUACCUGGCUGCCGAGGACAACCCCAAGCAGUGGCUGCACAUGGACGAGGCAGAAUUACAGCCCAAACUGGAUGAGGUGCGUGACCCGAACCUGCGUCUGACGUUGGCGUUCGGCAUCGGCAUCCACCACGCCGGUCUGGUCGAGUACGACAGGAAGCUGGUCGAGAAGCUGUUCGUCGAACAGAAGAUCCAGGUGCUCAUCGCCACUGCUACGCUGGCCUGGGGCGUCAACUUCCCGGCCCAUCUGGUCGUGGUGAAGGGCACUGAGUACUUUGACGGCAAACAGAAACGCUACGUCGACUUCCCGAUCACGGACGUGCUGCAGAUGAUGGGCCGCGCCGGUCGGCCGCAGUACGACGACAACGGCGUGGCCGUCGUGCUCGUGCACGACCAGAAGAAGCACUUCUACAAGAGCUUCCUGUACGAGCCGUUCCCCGUGGAGAGCAGUCUGAUGAACGUGCUGCCCGACCACCUGAACGCCGAGAUCGUGGCCGGCACGCUGCAGAGCAAGCAGGACGCCAUCGACUACCUCACGUGGACGUUCUUCUUCCGGCGCGUGCUGCAGAACCCCACCUACUACGACCUCGAGUCCACCGACGGAGAUUCGGUCAACAGGUACCUGUCUGAGGUGGUGGACGGAGCCGUCAACACCCUGGAGCAGAGCGGCUGUGUCGAGGUGGACGCCGACAACCGGGGUCUGUACGCCACCGUGCUGGGCCGUAUCGGCUCGUUCUACUACCUGAACCACCGCACCAUGGAGCUGUUCAGUGAGCGGCUGGGCGCCGACACCUCCGACCACGACCUGCUCAAACUGGUCUCGGACGCCUACGAGUAUGACGAGAUUCCGGUCCGACACAACGAGGACAUCACCAAUGGUGAGCUGGCGGCCCAGUGCCCGGUGCCGGUGGACAAGUACAGCUACGACUCUCCGCACGUCAAGACGCACCUGCUGUUCCAGGCGCACUUCUCGCGCCUCCGACUGCCCAUCGCCGACUAUGUGACCGACCAGAAGUCGGUGCUGGACCAGGCGAUCCGCGUGUGCCAGGCGCUGCUGGAUCUGGUGGCCGAGUCGGGCUGGCUGGCCACCACCGUCAGGGCCGUUCAGCUGCAGCAACAGCUGAUCCAGGCGCGUUGGGUGACGGACUCACCCCUGCUAACGCUGCCGCACCUGGAGAGCGGCCAGCUGCGCCUGCUGGGUCGGCUCGACUGCCUGCCGCGCUUGGUGGAGGCGGCCGGCGGCGGCGGCGACCGGAAGGCGUUCAGCGCCGUCCAGGAGAGACUGGCGCAGCACAUGGACGGCUGGCAGCUACAGGAGCUGAACGACGCUCUCCGCCGGCUGCCCCGGAUGCGUCUGUCGGUGGCCGUCGAGGGCUGGUGGGAGGCGUCUGCCUCGGCCGAGCGGCGGCCGAUCGCGUGCCGCCAGCAGCCGGCACAGCCCACCUGGCUGGACCUGCACGCUGACCAGGAGUACACGCUCCAGGUGGAGCUGCGCAGACUCAACCCGCCACCAAAGGAGGGCCGGGCGCUGGCUCACGCGCCCUGCUUCCCCAAGCCCAAGGACGAGGGCUGGGUGCUGGUGCUCGGCGAGGCAGACUCGGGCGAGCUGCUGGCGCUGAAGCGAGUGGGCGCCGGCCGCGGACGGUGCGCCGCGCCGCUGGCGUUCCGGACGCCGGCCGAGCCGGGCCGGCAUAUCUACACGCUGUACCUACUGUCAGACAGCUACCUGGGCCUGGACCAGCAGUACGACCUCUGGCUGAACGUGGUCGAGCCGUCGGUGUCGGCACAGGUCAACGGCGAGCUCGGAGACCUGGAGUAGGGUCGGCCGGGAGAGGGGGCAGGGGUGCUGUGUUUACGGGCCAGGAGAUGGACUGGUUGACGAGAGGAUUUGGAGCACAGAGGGGAGCCGCAGGACAAGCGAGAUCGGAAAAACAAUCGGUGGAUUCGAAGUGCUAGAACGCGUUCUUGAGGCAGACAAAUGUGUCAUAUGAGCUGCGAAUAACCAAGAAAUUGUUAUGUUCAGGAGCGUUACGCUGUCUCAGUUCGAAGCGAAGGGACUGAUACAGAUGAAGGAACUAGCACUGGCUGUUAUUGGGUCCACGACAGAAGAUGGAAUUGACACAUCUUCAAACGUGCGUUUCGUUAACCGUCCCGGGUGGGUCAGUACCUGUUACGAUGUUUCUGUGCGUGCGAUGGCACGGAGUCGCCGGUAGUGACACGUGGGGGCCACCGGGGCUCCGGCAGUCCAGACGGCAGGGCUUUCCUUGUUACGAGUGCUGCGACGGUCGCAGGUGGUUUUGUAUUGUGUGUGCUUCUGGCUCGGUGUGGCGAGUUCACUGGUGUUUAUACUGCGCGUGGUUUCAUGUGACCCGUGCGGAGAAGACUGACAGGUCGAGAGGUCAGUGCUGUUUCCCCAACGUGAUAGGGUAUCACAGUAAGGCCAGAGUGCACAAUGCCUCACUGUUCGUUGACCAGAAGCUUUAUAUGAUUGUCUCUUCUUAUCGUAUGAUUUUGUAAAAAGUCAUCAACUAUGCAUUGGACCGAAUGGCGGAUGGCGGGAUCUGUGAUACCCCAGCAAUUUCCACAGCCGCUUCGCCGGAGGUCACAGCUGUGUGUUGUCCAUGUCAUCCGUGUUGCGACACUGACAUACCAGCAAAGCCUGUGUGAUUUUGUCACGCCAUGAGCGACAGUUUAUCACACCCGCCAGUGCGUCGGUCCUUGCGAGCCCACAGUUGAGUAUUAUAGCCCAGUGACACGUUGAAUACAGUGGUGAUCGGAAA